AUGCAUAGAGCGAUCGUCUACGUGUAUGUUCUUCUUCUAAUUGCUAUCUAUACUAAUGCGUUCCCGAAGGAUCCAGCUAUCAACGAGAUACAACGCCUUGAAGAGGCAGCUGCUCGAAAUGUUCAUAUCAGUGAGCAAGAUAUGAUCAUGUUGAAUAGUGAUCGGAGCGGCAACCAAGAUAGAAAUAUAGCUGCAUUCAAUCUUAUUGCUUCCCGCGUCAAUCCCAGUGAACGUUCACUUGUAGAUCAAAUUACGUUACUCGCUGGUAUCAAUCAACCGCCGAAAACCACAGCUUGA